AUGUACCAAGCCAAGACCGCUUGGAAUAAGGCCUUAUUGAUGAGGUGCUUAGUCAAUAUGAAGUUGAAAAGUGGAACUUCUGUUGCCGAGCAUACCAGUGAGUUCCAGAGCCUGGUAAAUCAGCUAUCUUGUGUGGAGAUGCCGCUUGGAGAUAAAAUGCAAUCUCUGCUACUUCUUAGUUAUCUUCCUGAUAGUGGGGAAACACUCGUUGUUACUCUAAAAAACUCAGCCUCAAACGGCAAACUUUCCAUGUCUGUUUUCAAGGAUGCCUUAUACAAUGAUGAGGCAAGAAGGAAAGACAUGGGCACAAAUCAAACCCAUGCCCUUGUGGUGGAGAAUCGAGGAAGACCACAAGGCAAGCAACAAAGAAGCGGUAGAGGGAAUAGCAGGGGUAGAAGCAAGGGGAGGCAAUCAGAUGAUCGGAGAUCACAUGUGUGCUAUCAUUGUGGUCUAGAAGGUCAUAUGAAGAAGAAUUUCUAUAAAUGGCUCGAGGAGCAGGGCAAGAGCAAUUCUCAGUCGAAGAAUAGUUCUCAGCAGAAGAACAAGGGCAAGAGUGGUGAAACUCUUAUCACUGUAUCAGUUCAUCCCCGACCUCAGUCCGCCCUCCACGACGCCGACCAGACCAAGCUCCUCCUCAGUGCAGUCCCGACGAGCAGACCGACGACCAACAUAGCUCAGACCCAAACCAGCUUCAAAACCGACCCAGUACCUCGAUCCCGACCAGCCAGCGUCCAGUUGCAGCGGCCCGGACCUUCACGCGCGAUCAGCUCUCUCCCACGCGCGCCCGAGCUCGGAUUUUUGCACCGGACCCGACCCGAGUGGUCAAAACCACCCAGACAGCAGCCCAGCUCCUCAGAUCCGUGA